UACAUAUUACGAUAAUUGUCCCAGAAACAACUACUCACAUGAGAAAAUGAUAAGGUGCCUUGAAAUACAAACAUGGAUAAAGGUUAACAACUUGGGAAAAGUCAGCUACACUUCUUUCGCAAGAUUUACAUAAAAAUUAACCGAUGCGCUUCGACUAUGAGGCUCUGACGUUAUCAGUCUCUUUGGCCAGAUCGCAAUAAAUGAUAACACAAAAUACAGCGUGGUUUUAUCUGUGGCGGCGCACAGACACGCUCGCGGCGCCCCGCAGCGGCCGUCGGCUGGCAAAUAUUGACAGCUGAAACCGUCAACAAAAUGAGAAUUCAUUCCGCAUAAACACGACCACGGACCAACGAUCAGUUACCAUUCACGAUCACGGCGAAACGCGAAUAGCACGUGGGGAUCUAAUAUUAGAACGAAGAUACUCGUUUCCAAAACAUAACACAAUACGGACACAGUGUUCGCCCACAUGGACUGUAUAGCCGGUACAGAGCAAUUAUAAAUGGUUUUUACAAGAAAUUGUGUGAAUAUAAACAAUGAUAAUCAGCCGCAAAUGGAGGGAAUAUGUCACUGCACUCAGUGCGACUUUGAUCACGGCGGCGGCUGGUACUACAGUGGGUUGGACCUCACCCACGCUUCCCAAGUUACUAGCGAAGAACUCGCCUAUAGAAACAUCGCCAGAUCAGAGCUCAUGGAUCGCCUCUCUUAUGAUAUUGGCUUCAGCUGUCAGUCCAAUCCCUGCGUCGUACUUGGCCGACAGGAUAGGUACAAAAAGAACACUCCUGCUUGCUUCGAUACCGUACAUAAUGGGGUGGAUCCUCGUGAUGCUUGCAAACAAUGUGCCCACAAUAUACGCCGCUCGCCUCAUAUCAGGGCUCGGCUACGGCAUCGCCUACACCGCAGCGCCUAUGUACCUUGGAGAAAUCGCUUCCAAUGAAGUGAGGGGUGCUAUGGCAACUCUUAUCACAGUUAUGUCCAAGUUUGGAAUCCUGUCGCAAUACUGCAUUGGACCAUACGUGUCGAUGCUGGGACUGGCAAGUUUUAAUAUAGCAAUACCUAUUCUAUUCGUGGUGACAUUUAGUGCGAUGCCCGAGUCUCCCUACUAUUACCUCAAAUCCGGGCAGAACAACCUGGCUGAAAAAUCAUUAAAAAAAUUAAGAGGUCGAGACUAUAUGUUGGAAGAACUCGAAAGCAUGACUCAUCUCGUAAACGAAAACAUGAAGGAGAAGAGCCGGUGGAAGGAUCUUGUCACCGUCGGUGGAAACAAAAAAGGAUUGAUUAUAUUAUUAGGAAUAUAUUUUACUCAGCAGUUUUGUGGAAGUACAGCCAUAAUAUCUUAUGCGGAACAAAUAUUUGGAGCAGCCGAAGGUGGCUUGGGUCCACAAGAGUCAUGCAUACUAUUUGGUUCCGUUCAGCUCCUGACAUCUGCGGUGUCAUCCCAAUUAGUGGACAGGUUAGGGAGGAAACCACUGCUAUUGGUGUCUUCGUGUGGAGUCGGUAUAGCAAAUAUUAUUAUAGGCGCGUAUUUCUUUAUGAAACAUGAGAAUAGUGAAUAUAUCGUUAGUUUAAGGUUUAUUCCUAUCGUUGUGAUACCAAUAUUUAUAUUCUCUUAUACAAUAGGUUUAGCCACGGUACCUUUCGCUAUUACGUCGGAAAUAUUUCCCACUAACAUCAAAUCAAAAGCGACAUGUAUUAUUCAGAUAUGCGUGGCAAUUAUGACAUUUGCUGUUACAAAGUUAUAUCAAGUAAUUGCCGACAAUUUGGGUAAUUACGUAGCGUUUUGGUGUUUUGCCUUACUGUCCGUCGGUGGCGUUAUUUUUAUACUAAUAUUACUUCCCGAAACUAAAGGGCAGUCUUUUGCUGCAAUACAGGAAAAGUUAUACAGUAGUGAAAAAGUUGUGUAUGAGAAAAGAGACGGUGAUGUCGCGAGAGUACGAAUUAAUUUAUGAAAAUUUUAUGUAUUACAACGUCAAUUGCUUAUUUGAUGUACUUAAUGCUUCCGUCCUGUAUAUUUAUUGAUAAGCAUUCCGCAUUUAAAUGAGCCUAACAACAAUCGGCUCAAAUUCUCUUAUUUACUCACUAAUUCUAUAAGUGCACCUAUGAAAACAAUUUCUCAAAUGUUCGAAUAUCUAUAAUCAUAGCAUCAUUGGCGUCUUUCACAUUCAUGUCUUGUUUGUCAUCAUGCAUAGGUGUGCUCAAAGAAAAGAACGAUUUUAAAAUAUUAUUCAAAUCUACAGAUUUUUAUAAUGUUUGAUUACUUAAAAUAUGAAUAGAACAAACUAUAUAACAUUAGUGUAGCUGGAUUUUCGAGACCAUUAGUUGUAAGUGAAAAAAUGGAAAUAGCAUAGUAUUAUUUCUAAUUUUAUAUAUGUAUGCCAAAAAUGUAUAGACAAAAAACGGCAAGGUGAUUAAUACCUACUUAAAUUGCCUGUAAAGUAUUUACAGCUGGUAAAAAAGAUAGUAUUGUUAGAAUUCUUUGUUAAAAUUACGAUUUUUUUUAACAUUCAAUAUUAGCUAAGAUGUGCAUCAUGAUAUAUGUUUUUUUAUUUAAAUAAUAAUUUAUAUAUAAAUAGAAGUAUGCGAACAGAAAGCCUUACAAUGCGAUUUUAGGUAUAUACGUAUAUAAAUCUUCAUAAUUAAUAAAUACAUACUAACGAAAGUCGGUAUUAUAAAAAAUGGGAAAGAAUUAAAUCUAGGUGUAUUUUUAUAUUUAAUAUUUUUCUACUCUACUGGAUUUGAAAUGCCUUGCAAUUUCUUAGAGUAGCCUAAAACUGAACGAAUUAAUAUGAAUACUAUAAUUAAUAAUAAAUGAAUAUAUGCCAAUGUGAUGUUAAACAUUCCUAGUGCCUUACUUAUUGCGUGCCAUUUUCAUCUGUUGUGCAAUCUCGGUUAUUUUAAUAAAGGGAAUCUAACAUUAGAAUACUUUUAGGAGAAUAAAAAUAUUUUUGAUUGUUUA